UUCUGGACUGCUCACAAGCGGUGGUGCGUCACUAUCACCUCAGGUUGGUUGGUUAGAGACCUCAAACAUGCCUUCGGACCGAAGGCCAAGUCAGAGAAAGAAUAGAUCUAAGAACCGUGACUAUUGUGGAGCACGUUCAAAGGUAAAAAGAGCUGAUACUGGGUACAGAGACGAUACUCUUGCCCUCAAUGUGUAUCAGGGGCCUCCGAGUGCCGACCAGGGGAACAACAUGGCGAAUGCCCCUCGGUUUGGCUUCUGGACUUCAGUAAGCCAGUGUCUGCAAUAUUUGUGGGCCAGGAGGCACUUGGGCCUGCUUCUACUUUUAUUCUGGACGCUGGUGAUCCUCUUCCGCCCUGUGAACACUGCGAAAUUGCCCAUGGUUGCUGAAGCUGCAGAACUUGAACCCCCAUUGGGAAGUAUGUUGGACUUUUUCUUUCCAACAACAUGCAUCAUAAGGGACAGCCAGGUGGUGGUGGCAUGUAAUAACCAGCUGUAUCUCAGCGAGAGUGAAUGUUUAAAAUCCAAGUGCUGUUCUUCAAAAUCUGGAACUAAAAUCAAAUGCUAUGCCCCAGUAAGGGACAAGCCUACACAGGUGCUCCGGGUGUUUGGCCUUGCUGCGAUCAGCAUUCUAAUCCUGGGAUUUCUGCCUAUGUGCUGCUGCUCCGUUUGCUGGAGGAGGAAGAGGAUGAACAGGAUGUUGAAGGUUUUGAAGAAACAGAAAUCAAAAGGGAAGAAGCCUAAAGGAAGGAAGGCAUCAGAAGAGAGAGCUUUACUGUCCCAUUGAAAAUGCAGAUCUGCGAUGACAGAAGAGAGGAGACUUUGUCAUCCAAAUCUAAUUAAAUUUUGAAAGGCAACUUUUAUUGUAGUUUCAGAUCAAAUUAAAGUUCCAUUGCAUGCAUCAAA